AUGUCGUUUGUGACUCAGACUCAGAUUCAGACAGUGACAGCUAUUCCCACUGAUUUGACCCCAUCGACGACCCUUAGCGAUGUGACUAUCACCAUUACAACUUACCUGUACACGACCCUUUCAGCCACACACGGUCAGACAGUCACUAUCUAUUCUCCUCCCUCGCCUCCAUCUCUUGCCUCUUCCUCCUCGGCAACCACGGAAUACACCCCAAUCAUAGCCACGACGACCGAAACCUCAACAGCCACGGUGACCGAGCUUGAUGUGUACCUGCAAGAUCCUCGAGGAAGUCUAUACUCCACCUGGAUCAUCUCCUUACCCGGCUCCAACCAGCCCGCCGUAUCCUCAGGACCUCCAAGCCCGUGGGUUUAUGUGGUCGAACCGCAACGUGGUGGCUGGGACAGCUGGUCCAAGGGUGCAAAGGCUGGGUUGAUCGUUGGUGUGGUUUCGGCAGCACUGCUGCUCCUCGCGAUACUCCUUUGCUGCUGCAAGAGACGUAGCAUAUGGUUGGUGCAUGGCUGGCCGCCGCCACCUCCAGUUGCGCCAGCACCCAAUCCGGGCCCUUCCAUCGUACAACCAACUUGGGUCAACGGUCCGCACGUGCCUUAUAACCAUGGACAGCCUAAUCCAGGAUAUGGCUAUGCACAAGGCCUAAGAGGCGGUGGUGGAGGGGAGGUUGCGUCUGAGAGGUGCUUCAGCGGGAGUCUUAGGGACUGGUUUCGCAAGAAGCAGGCAAGGACUGGUACAUGA